AUGGCUGGCUUGCAGAGAUCUGCUAUAUCAUUCAGACGGCAAGGAUCCUCGGGAUCAGUAUGGGAAGACAAAUUCUUGAAUGAAUUGACUCAAAUGGCUAAUCAAAAAGAAGAAACUGAAAAUAAAGCUCAACAAGAACAAGAAGACGACAAAGAAGAACCAGCACCAGCACCACCCAAGAAUUCAUCCAGAACUGCCGGGUUGACGAUCGAAAGGAGUCGAUCCAACGGCGGAGGAAGGGGGUUUCGGACCGGAAGGGUGUCUCCGGCGAUAGAGCCGCCGUCUCCCAAGGUUUCGGCUUGUGGGUUUUGCGGUGCAUUCGCGAAAAACGACAAGGGCCGCCGGCCACCUAAGUUCGGCAAGCGUAAGAUGUAA